AUGAUUGAUAACAAUGUGGAGAUCUAAAGUGAUCUCAAUGAAUCUCUUACUUUCUCAACCAACCAAUUAGAACUAAGAAGAGCAUAGUCAACAGGAACUACAAGCGAAAUAGAAGGCUACAUAUAUCUAUACCGUGAUUAGGACUAUAUGACAAGUAACAAUACAAACUUUAAGACUUACUACUUUGAUCUGAUGGCUACUUUGCAAUUCACUUACGUAUUCCCUUACUUUUUACUUACAUUUCUGAGUUUCGCAUUUCUUUAUUGCUUCUCCAACGAGUUAGCCAGACUUUGGAACUCAGGACUGCCUUGUGAUCUGAACUUUGUGAGGUGGUUUGUAUCUUUUGUGAUAUGCUGUCCAAUGGUGGCUUUGAUCAGUACCUCUAUGGUGAGGAGGAUAUAUGAGACAAUCCGAGUGAAGAACUAUAUAUUCUACAGUAGACGCUACUAGAUCAAACACAUCACAACAAGCAAAUAUAGAUUCUUCAUCCCUUAUUUGAUAAUUGAUCUAUUCCACAUUGCAUGGUCUAUUGCAGGCAUAGUUAUUGACAAAAUUUACUUAUAAGAGACUUGCAGUUCUGAUCUAAGUUACGUGACCUAUACAGGUAACUUCUUAGUUGGGAUGGGCUUCGCUUUCAUCCUUAGGCUCAUCUACUUGCUGAUAUUCUUUAUAUUUGGCAAAUAGCUCUUUCAGAAAUGGUCCUAGAGAGAAUACAGAAAUAACAAAUUCGUCGUCAAACUAAAGUCUGAAUUGUACAUCCCUGAUAUUUAAACACCGAUGGGUGGCUUAUUAAGCAAUGAUUCAAUUUAAGAUGAUAAUUAUGACUAAAAAGACAAAAAUGAGGAAGUGUGCUGCUCAAUAUGCUUUUGUGAAUAUGAAAGUGGCGAGAGGAUAGUAAGACUCCCUUGUGAUAGCUAAAGGCACGUAUUCCAUGAUAGCUGUAUUAAAUAGUGGCUUGACAGGAAUGAUCUGUGUCCACUGUGCAAAUAAAACAUAAUCUUAAUGUGA